CACUUCACAAACCCCUCAAUAAAACAAUACCUCCAAUCCCCCGAGAUCCAAACCACCGCAGAAAAACAACUCGCAAUAACAGAAUCCACGUCCCACGCCACCAUCGCGAAAGACAGUCUAACCUACCUGCUCCAAUUCACAGAGCCGUACACCACAAUCCCGAGCAAAAUCAAAACCUCGUACCUACUAAGCUACGCAACAAACUACUGGGCCGUGCAUGCCCGCUUAGCCCGUCCAGAAACAGACCCAGAACUAACGGCGCUAAUCCUCCGCUUCCUCAACUCAGGAACAGCAUACCUAAACUGGACAGCUUUUCUGGAUGGAUACGAACCCUUUUCUGGAACCGAUGGGUCUGGUCUGAUCCGCCACCCACAUCCAAUCUACUACGCUGCGUCAUUCGGCCUAACCAACAUCGUUGCAGCGCUCCUUGACACCGGUGCUCCCCUGGAUAGUAGGGGACCAAGCGGGAGCGCGCUGGCUGCUGCUUCACUGGCCGGACAUCUGGAUACUGUCAAGGUGCUUGUCGAUUCCGGGGCGGAUGUGAACCUGGCGGGGCCUUUCGGGACGCCGCUUGUUUUAGCGUCGGGGAGUGGGUUUGUGAGCGUUGUGCGGUUUUUGGUGGAGAGGGGGGCCAAUGUUGAGGCGAGGGGCGAGUGGAGUGAGACGGCGGUUGUGGAAGCGAGGAAGAAUGGGUUUGAGGAUGUUGUUGGGGUGAUUAUGGGGAGGUAG